CCAAGGUCGUCCAGACGUGCCGUACGCCCACCCACAAUUCCCGCUGCGUGCUGCUGUCCCGCCGCCGCCUCUGCCGCCGCCCGUUACGGCUCCCGCCGCUGGGGACAUGUUGCAGAAACCGAGGAACCGGGGCCGCCCUAACACCCAGGCCGAGAGGGAGAGGGACUGGGCCCGUGGCGCCGCGGAGGAGGCCCCGAGCACCUCCCGCGGGGCGGGAGGCUCCCAGGAGGCCCGGGGCACGUCGUCGCAGGGCGGCCGCCGGGCCGAGGCCUCCCCCGAGGUGGGGCCCAGGUCCCAGCAGCAGCUGGAGCUGAAGGUGGCCGAGCUAGUGCAGUUCUUGCUGAUUAAGGACCAGAAGAAGAUCCCGAUCAAGCGCACUGACAUAGUGAAGCACGUUAUCGGGGACUACAAGGACAUCUUCCCUGAUCUCCUUAAACUGGCUGCCGAGCGCCUCGAGUAUGUCUUCGGGUACAAGCUGGUGGAACUGGAACCCAAAAGCAAUACGUACAUCCUGAUCAACACUCUGGAACCGGUGGAGGAGGAUGCUGAGGUGAGAGGCGAUCAGGGCACGCCCACCACCGGCCUCCUGAUGAUUGUUUUAGGUCUCAUCUUUAUGAAGGGCAAUACCAUCAAGGAAACGGAGGUCUGGGACUUCCUGCGUCGCUUGGGGGUGUACCCCACAAAGAAGCAUUUAGUUUUUGGGGACCCAAAGAAACUUAUUACCGAAGAAUUUGUGCGACAGCGUUACCUGGAGUACCGGCGGAUACCCCACACUGAUCCUGUAGACUAUGAAUUCCAGUGGGGUCCCCGAACCAACCUGGAAACCAGCAAGAUGAAAGUUCUUAAGUUUGUGGCCAAAGUCCAUAAUCAAGAUCCCAAGGACUGGCCAGCACAGUACUGUGAGGCUUUGGCAGAUGAGGAGGCCAGGGCCAGACCUGAGACAGGUGGCCCCACUCCCUCCUCUUGAAGUCUGAGAGAGAUUUGAGCUCCAGAGGAGGUGUGAAAGGCACUGGGUGAUGGGGUAGGGGGGUGGGAGGGAGCAUAUUUCUGUAACACUCAAAUGUGUGUGGCUUUAGGAUGUGUUUGCAAACUUCUGUUCUCUUUUAAUGUUGUAAGUUAUUUGGUUCCAGCUUUUCACUUAUAAAAAUAUUAGGAGAGGAUUUUUUGUUUUAACUUGUGUUAUUGUCUGUGUAUUUUGGCAUAAAAAUUUUGCUAGCUUUAUGCAAGUAAUUGGAAAACAUUGCACCAUGAUCUGGAACAGGUGUUUAAGAAAGAACACAUUGGUCAAUUGCUUUGGCGCCAAGAAAGUAAAAGCAAAGUGACUACUAUCUGGUGUCUUAACUACCCAGUUUGUAAGUUAAAAUAAAAGCCUUUAUAAAUUAAAAAUAAAAAUGUAAUUGCUUAUACUUUUUUUUUACCUUAAGACGGCUAUUAUAUAUUUAUAUAUUUUCUAUGUAUAUAAGCAUUACGCAUCAUCUAAGCAAUGUGCAUAUUGUAUUUUCUCCGAAUAACAAUUUUUUAUAUUCAUAAUUCUUACCUCUGUGGCCAACCAUUUAGUUCCAUUUAGGUUUUUUUUCCUGCUAUAGUUGUAAUAAAUACAGUAUCUUUGAAGCAGUUAAGCACUGUGCAUUUUUCAAUCGUGAUUCAUGAGAUUAAUUUCUUGACUCAAAACCAGCAUCUUAAAAACAGGUUUUUUUCUUGCUACAGAUUAUUAAGGUAAAAGCGUUUUGUAGAAGUUGCUUUACUUUUGUGUGUGUAUGUGCAUAUUGCAUCACAAUCUAAAAUACAUUUCCUACUGGAUAUAAAAAAGUUGAUAAAACUGUUAGUGAUUAACCAUACUUAGGAAUCUGACUACCUGGGUUUAGAUACUGGUUUCACAUAACUAGCUAUAUGAGCAUGUUACUUAUAUACAGGUGUUUUCUCACCUGUAAAACAAGCUCACGAUGCCCAUGUUAUGUGUGGUAAUGUGGUAAUUUGAUAUUGGAAGUGUAUGUCAAGUUCUUGGCACAAUGCCCGGUGUGGAGGAUUUUAGUUGUUAACUUUGUUCCUUAAUUUUUUAAAUUUGUUUUUUGUUGCUUAUUUAUUUAUUUUGAGAGAGAGCAGGGGUGAGGCAGAGAGAGAGAGAGAGAGAAUAUCCCAAUUAGUCUCUGCACUGUCAGCGCAGAGCCUGACCAGGGCAGGGCUCGAACUCAUGAACCUUGAGAUCAUGACCUGACCCGAAACCAAGAGUCAGAGGCUUAACCUGACUGAGCCACCCAGGCACCCUAAUAUUUUAAUCUUCUUGGUUUGGAGCAGUUAAAUUUUUUUUUCAGGUUUUCUUUCAUUAUCUUCUAAAUCAUAGAAUAGGAGUUACUGGUUCAAAAGUUACGACAAUAUUCUUCUAGCCUGAUUCUAUUGUGUGGUUUCGUGGGAAAACAUAACUCAUGGUAUAUUGUGAGUAUAGCCCACAUAAAGUAAAACAGGACAGUUAGACCUAAGAUCUCCCCUGGGCUUGAGAGCUAAUUUUUUAGUGGAAAGGAUAUGGGUUUUGAGGUUGUCUGACAAAUGGAAUUUGAAUUCUGGCUCAUACUAUGUCAGCAUGGUGACUUGGGGUCGAUUUUAAGUUUUCUGAAUUUCAAUUUAUCUGUAAGAUCAGAAAAACAGUAACUAUAUUAUAGUUUGUUAUAUGUAUUAAAUGAAUAUGAAGAAAAGA